CUGAACGCGCUUCUCCUGAAAACGGCAAGACCGUGCAGACUGUACGAAGUGCGAAAGCGUGCCACGCCACGGUAGUGCCCCAGCUGACGGGCACAGCGCACCUCGUGCACUCACACGUGGAGGCGCCCGGCGUCGGGUGCGCGGGCUGCUGUGCGACAAAAGGAUGGCGCGCGUCUCGCCGGCUCCGCCCAUCGAGGCGGCAGUGUGACAGAGAGCAGCUGCGGGUCCCUUUACUGGAGAGCGGCUCAAUAAACCCGUCAAACGCAUCACUGUGUCUUGUAGUAAAUUUACGGUCAGGAGCUAUAAUGUAGCAGAGAGGCUUUUUAUUUUAUGGCAAAUUAUGUUAAAAGGCGUAUAAAUUGAAAGGAAUCAUUAUUGUUUUGCUUAACACGGGUUGUGUUUUUUGUAUGUACAAGCAACACUGAAUGCAACAAUGUAUUAUUCUCGUUUCCACUCUUCAGCGUGCAUUUUUAUAUGCUGACCAGAAUAUGCUCAAAACAUCCGUAGUGUAGGAAGUAACUGGAAAUGUAAUGUGUAGUGGCUUAUUUAUUUCAUAAGCAGUGUUGCACUGUACACCGUUUCAGCUCUGACAACUGCUACCUCCCCCCCGCCGCGCCGCCACCCCAACCCGUGCGCUAAAAUAAUUUAUUGCUGUGCUUGAUUUUUUCGAGGCAGAAGGUGCGGUUUGUCUCUUUAAAACUAAAGUUUUCCGCGUACACUCUGGAAUGAGGUCAGACAUAACGCUCCUUAUUGCACGCGCACACGAUUAUUAGAUUCUUUAUUCGGCCAAUCGGAAAGCGGGCGGGGCGUGGCUGCGACACGGGGAAGGCUGGAGACAGCGGCGGAUUGGCUCCUUCCCUUCGCCAUUAUAUCUUUGGGAAUGGAUAAAGCUGCGCGAGGCGAUACCGUUGGUCCGCUGGAAGUUGGGAGUACGGCGGGCUGGAGGUGGAUUAUAAGAAAGUUGCGCGACUUGCUUUUUUUCCCUCGCGCUGCUGAGAAUUGAGGCGCUGCUGCGCUACUGAUAUACGAGCCGAACGGAGAGUCGGCGCCUCCGAGUGUCACCGAGGUGCCGCUGAGUCGCGCGCACGUCUGAAGUUGAGAAGCGCAGCCUGCAGCGGGACGGACACGCGCUGCGCCGUCACCUGAAGCGCCCGGACAGGGGAAUGCGCUCCUACACCUGGAGCUCCCGCUGAGGCGCGCGACACAUACAGACAGACAGACAGACAGACAGACAGGCAGACGGAAGGACAGAGACAUCUGCGACGGGACUCCUUGCUCUUGGGUGACGUUGUUGGAACACGCGCACAGAACUUUGAGUCCCGAAAGCUGUGCUACCAGAAACUGGGGGAAACUCCAGAGUUCGAGUUCGCUCUGGACCGGUGAAGCGCAUCCGGAGAUCGGAGGGACGGAGCCGAGACAUGGUGGAGCAGACGAACAACUCGGGGAACAGCGACGCGGUUCUUGCGGGGGACUCCACAGACUCUGGGGACACGGACCUGGAGAUGGCCGCCUCCCCGACGCCCGGGUCUCCGGCCUCUGCGGGGGACAAGCUGGACGCCGCUUGGUGCAAGACCCCCAGCGGUCACAUCAAGAGGCCGAUGAACGCGUUCAUGGUGUGGUCGCAGAUCGAGAGGCGCAAGAUCAUGGAGCAGUCGCCGGACAUGCACAACGCGGAGAUCUCGAAGCGGCUCGGCAAGCGCUGGAAGCUGCUGAAAGACAGCGACAAGAUCCCCUUCAUCCGGGAGGCGGAGCGGCUCCGGCUCAAGCACAUGGCCGACUAUCCGGACUACAAGUACCGGCCGAGGAAGAAGGUGAAGUCGGGCAACUCCAAGGCCGGGGAGAAGGGGGAGAAGGUGGGCUGCGCCGGCGGGGGGGCCGCUAAGCAGUCGCUGAAGAAAAGCGGCGGCUCCAAAGCCGUGAGCAAGCCGCAGAAGGCAGGGAGCGGCGUAGCCGUCAAAGCUGCGUUCCCCGAGCAAGCGAGCCACGCCGUGCCCACAGACCACCACACUCUCUACAAGUCCCGCUCGGUGUCGUCCUCCUCCGCCGCCGCCGCCAAGCAGCUCCCGGACAAGAAGGCGAAGCGGGUGUUCAUGUUCGGCGGAAGCGCGCAUGGUCUGACGCCGUCCUCGGCGGCCGUGCCUGCCAGCCCCACGCUGAGCAGCUCCGUGGAGUCCAGCGACCCCCUGAGUCUGUACGAGGACGGGGCUGCGGGUACCCAGGAGGGCACCGACUCCUCCAGCGCGUCUUCGGACUACUUUAGGUGCGCGAGCGCGCGCGCGUCCUCGCCAACCCCCUCCCCGUCUCGCUGCUCCUCCUCCUCUUCUUCCUCCUCCUCUUCGUCCCACUCCUCAUCAUCGGACGAGGAGUUCGAAGACGAUCUGCUGGACCUUAACCCGAGCCCCGGGUUCGACAGCAUGUCACUGGGCAGCGUGGGCUCCUCGGUUCUGGACAGAGACUUGGAUUUGAACUUGGAGUGCGGCUCCGGCUCCCACUUCGAGUUCCCCGACUACUGCACGCCCGAAGUGAGCGAGAUGAUCUCGGGGGACUGGCUCGAGUCGACCAUCUCCAACCUCGUGUUCACCUACUGAGCCGCGCGCGCACCGGCACAGGAGACGCUACAGAAACCGAGGGAUGCUGAUCAUGCUUUUGAAUCAAAAUUUGAUCAAAAAUUAAAAUAAAAUCCCGCUUGACGUCAGUGAGAAAGCGCCGAAGAACUGAAGAAUGCUAAUUCGCUCACGGACGAGGCGCGGCGAGGGCGAAGAAGGCGCGAGGAACUGCACGUGCGGCUAGUUUCACCGGGAAAAAAGGGGGUCCGCUGUCCGCGUGUCCUCGCGCGCACCGACUGUCAGGGGCGACGAGGUGAUUUGCACGAACCCGGAAGCGGGUUCAAGUCGGCUGCUUUAAACGAGGCAACCUUUUUAUGAAAAAGGGACAUUUUGGAAGACGAUUACGAACAGAAUAGAAUAGCCACGCGAAGGUCUGUGUUCUGAAGCGGUACGGAGUUGUGUUCGAGAACGCGCCUUUUCUCGCGCGCAACUCGCGCGACGCCCGGUGUCACCUUUCAGGGACGGUUGGCUUGAAAAAUGGCCAAAUUAGACACAGACGCGCGUUCUUUUCGCGGCGAGAUGUCGCGGUUUUAACGAGAAACGCUUUGAUGACGCGAUUACUGACCGUCAAGUAAAAAUAACAAAUCACCAGCUUUGCUUCAUCCUCCAAAAAAGCGAGUUUCAGGAUUCAACACAACUCAAAAACAGCGCUGAACUUUGUACACUUACACUUCAGGACCAAAUUUGUUACGAAAUUCCUUUCUCGAUGAAGAGAAACUUUUUUUUUUUUUUUUUUUUUUUUUAAUUUUAUUUUUUAUUUUUAUUUUUUUUCCCCUUCUCUACCAUUUUUGUUCCAUCUUUUUGUGGGUGUCGUGUGUUCGGAUAACAUUUUUCCUUUUUUUUUUUUUUUUUUUAUAUGGAUGUAUUUAUACUGGCCAUUUUUUUACCGGACACUUUGAUUCUCAUAGCCUUUGUGUAUAAAAUAAAUAAAAAAAAAAAACUAAAAAUAUUAAAACAUGGGGGAUAAAAAAGGAAAAAAAUUUCCUUUGCCGAAGGGCUAGAGUUACCUUUUUGAUUUAAAAGAAAAGAGGGGAGGAAAAAAAAAAAAAACUCC